AUGGAAAUGGCACAAUGUCAUCUACCUUCAUCGCUCGAUCUGACAGACCGUAAUCUGGCAGAUAGCUUUAAGAAAUUGAAACGUCAGUUACAAGUUUAUAUGGAAGCUAGUGGGAAUAAUAACAAGCCGAAGCAGCGACAAACGGCUAUUAUAUUACACUGUGCAGGCCCGCAAGUCCUUGAGGUUUAUGAUCAUUUUGAAUUUGAAGGAGAAAAUGACAAAAAUGAUCCCGUUAAAGUGUUCGAAAAACUAGAGGAAUAUUGCAAUCCACGACAAAAUGAAGUUCUGCAAUCAUUUCGCUUUUGGCAAGUACCCUUCCAAGAACCUUUUGACACAUUCCUAACAAAGUUGUACUCUUACGCUGAAUCAUGCAAUUUCAAGGAAAAAGAAAGAAUGAUACGAGACAAGAUAGUCUUCACUGUAACCGGUAAGCAACAAGAACUGUUAUUAGGAGAGACUAGUUUAGACAUAAAGAAAGCUGUAGAAAUAUGCAGAGCCUAUGAGAUCACCUCGAUAAGUAAAAAGGAAAUGAGUGAAAGCAGUUAACUACAGAAGAUUGAGCAGAUAGCUGGCAAGAAAAGCUCAAAGUAUCCAUCAAAACAACAUCCUGAACAACAAAAGAACAAGAAUAACCCUCACAGCCUGAAGGAGUGCAAUUUUUGUGUAAAGUCUCAUGAAGCCAUUAAGACAAAGUGUCCCGCCUGGGGAAAACUCUGUAACGAUUGUAAAGGCAGAAACCAUUUUGAAGUCAAGUGCAAGAAAGUCCACACACUAGAGACAAAGAGCAACUCUGAUGAAUCUGAUGACUCCGAUACCAACUGGCUUGCAACUGUGGAAGUUCCCAACAAAACCCGUGCCGCUGCUCUGAUGCAAGUAAAAGACUGUGACGUCAGAUUUCAGCUUGACACUGGAGCCGAUGUGAACACACUGUGCCAAAAGUUUGUACGACCAACACAGGUGGAACCCACCACACAGAAAUUAAUCAUGUGGAACAAGUCCAAGGUCAACCCAUUGGGAGAAACUACCUUGAAGAUCACGAACCCAAAGAAUGAAGAAGAAACCGUGGUCGAUUUUAUUGUUGUCCCAAACGAUUAUAGCUGUCUUCUGGGACUGUCAACUAUACAACAAAUGGGUCUACUUACAAUCAAUGAUGCCAAUUUCAUAGCCCAUAUAAGCACUGACGCUAAUCAGUUAGGAUCGUUGGGAGAAACACAACUACAUGUUGAUCCAUAUGUCCCACCAAGAACACUUCCAUGUAGGAAACUGCCACUAGCAUUGCAAGAGAAUGUUAAGGAGGAACUUAACCACUUAGUUGAAGCUGGCGUACUGGUGCUUGUGGAAGAACCAACUGUUUGGGUAAGCCAAAUGGCAGUUGUAAAGAAACCAAACGGAUCUUUGAGAAUCUGUAUUGACCCACAACCAUUAAAUGCAGCCCUGCAAAGAGGGCACUACAAGCUACCAACACUAGACGAUGUUCUACCUAGUCUCAGCCAAGCACGAGUAUUUAGCAAACUCGACGUGAAACAAGCCUACUGGCAUGUCCAACUGGACAAUGAAUCUAGCUUACUCACCACCAUGAUUACACCAUUUGGACGAUACAGAUGGGCCCGGCUCCCAUUUGGGCUCAGGUCAGCAGUGAGAUUCAAAGAAAGCUCAAUGAGGCACUUGUUGGUCUCAAUGGUGUGAUAUGCAUUGCAGAUGAUCUGGUGGUGUAUGGGAGUGGUAACACAAGAGAAGAAGCUGAUGCUGAUCAUGAGCAGAACCUCCUGGCACUGCAAGAAAGAUGCGCAAAAAAGAGAGUCAAGCUGAAUGAUGAGAAAACUGUCCUGAAGCAGACAGAAAUCAAGUAUAUGGGCCAUCUUAUCACAAAUGAAGGAGUAAAAGCAGACAAGUCAAAGGUAGAGGCUAUCCUUGACAUGCCGGCCCCCACAGAUGUACAUGGAGUGAAGCGGCUAUGUGGGAUGAUUCAGUAUCUGGCUAAGUUUCUGCCCAACCUUGCUGGUGAUUUGCAACCCAUUCGAGAGCUGACCAAGAAGGAUGUGGAGUGGAACUGGUCAACAGAGUGUCAAGAAGCAUUCCAGAAGGUCAAGGAAAAGAUCACAAACACUCCUUUGCUCGCAUACUUUGAUUCGAACAAGGAGCUACUAUUGCAAGUAGACAGCAGUAAAGACGGACUCGGAGCAGCACUGAUGCAAGAUGGCAAACCAAUUGAAUACGCCUCAAGAGCACUGACUCCUGCUGAACGGAAUUGGGCACAAAUUGAAAAAGAAACCCUAGCUGUGGUGUUCGGUCUUGAACGAUUUGACCAAUAUACGUAUGGAAGAAAAGUCAUAGUACAGAAUGACCACAACCCUCUGACCUCAAUCCUGAAGAAACCUCUGAGCCAGAUCCCAAAACGACUACAAGCACUAAUGCUACGAGUUCAUCGCUAUGACAUUGAAUUUCACUACAUUCAAGGAAGUCAACUUGUUAUUGCCGACACCCUCAGCCGAGCUUUUCUUGAUGUUCCUGACGCACAGGUGAUAGUCAUGAAAGUAAACGCUUUGAAAGGAGUGCCAGAUGAGCAAAUCCGGGAGGUACAAGCGGCUACCGCACAGGACCAAUGUAUGCAGUCCCUGUUGAGCACUAUAAAAGAUGGUUGGCCAGAAAGCAAGAAGGACGUACAAAAUGAUCUGAGGCCAUAUUUUGAUGUGCAAGACACAUUGAGCCAUCAAAAUGGAAUUAUCCUAAAGGGAGAAAGAAUAGUUAUCCCAGCAUCGCUCCGUGACACCACGAAGAAACGAUUGCACUCUGCACAUUUGGGGUACGAUAGUAUGAUGAGACGAGCUCGAGACACCAUAUUUUGGCCCGGAAUGGCAAAAGAAGUACGACAGCUAGCAGAGAACUGUAAGGCUUGCCUUGGAAUAAGGUUGGAAUUGACCUUUUCGAGAUCAAGGGAAGAGAUUAUCUAG